CGCUGGCAAAGGCACGAGUCCCAUCACAACAGUCGCAGACAUGAAGGGGCUGUGUGUGGCAGCGCUGGUCCUUGUGAUCAGCUCCGAGGCGCUGGGAGGGUAUAUCAGCAGCGGAGGAGGCGGCGGCUGGAGAGGUGGUGGCGGUGGAGGUUAUGGAGGGGGUGGUUUUGGCGGGGGCGGUUUCGGCGGGGGCGGCUACAGUAAGGGAGGUGGUGGCUUCGGAGGAGGUGGCUUCGGAGGCGGUGGACACGGAGGCGGCGGCGGCUUCGGAGGCGGCGGUGGCGGCGGCCCCACCAUCAUCAAGAUCAUCAAGCUGAGCGGAGGCGGCGGCGGCGGAGGCUACGGAGGCGGUGGUGGUUUCGGAGGGGGCGGCAAGGGAGGCUUCGGAGGUGGUGGCUUCGGAGGCGGAGGCUACGGAGGCGGCGGCGGCGGAUACGGAGGAGGCGGUCACGGGGGUGGCGGCGGAUGGAGGGUCAGCAGCGGUGGCUGGUCCGGCGGCGGCGGCGGAUGGAACGGUGGCGGCGGCGGCGGUGGUUGGUGGUAAUGAGCUGCUUUAAUGCGGCGCCGACGCGUCCCGAGAAGAGCCGAGCUCCACCGAAGAGCUGCACGAGACUCGCCGAAGCCGAGUCCCGUUAUCCACCCUGCGGCGACGAGACACGUCGGACGUCGUCUUGUACAUUGCGUAAAUCGUUUCGAAAUUCUGUACACUUUGUAUUCUGGCAAUAUAUGUUACAUUAAAAUUUUGUACCACCAUUUCUAAA